GAAAAAGAAAAGCCCAUUAGUUAAAGCCCACAGCCUAAACCAGCACGGCGUCGUUCCGCGUUUUGGAAAGUGGAAUAGUUCUAGAUAAUAUUGUUUCAAGCACACACUGGACGGCGUCGUUUUAUGUUUUGGGAGCAUUCUCGUCUGGGAUUUUUGCAGUAACUGGAGAGAGAGGAGAGAGAGAGAGAGAGAGAGAGGGAACUGAGAAGAGAAUUGUGCUCGUGCGUGCUUUGGCGGGAUGGUUCUGAGAGAGGCAACUCCUGCUACGGUCGACGCCGCCGACAAUAGCAACUCCGAUGCCGGACCUAGCGGCAUCGUCGGCGUUCGGAGGUUUCCGCUGGCGGCGCAGCCGGAAAUAAUGAGAGCAGCUGAGAAGGACGACCAGUACGCUUCAUUCGUAUACGACGCCUGCCGAGAUGCCUUCCGCCACCUCUUUGGUACAAGAGUUGCUGUUGCAUAUCAGAGUGAGACAAAGCUGUUGGGACAGAUGCUCUAUUAUGUUUUAACGACUGGCGCCGGAAAACAGACCCUAGGAGAAGAGUAUUGUGACAUUACUCAGGUUGCACGACCCCAUGGACUUCCUCCAACCCCAGCUAGGCGUUCUCUUUUUAUUUUUUAUCAGACAGCAUUCCCAUAUAUUGCAGAAAGGAUCAGCUCGCGUAUUGCUUCCUUAGGAAUCACAAUGGACGAUUCAUUAUCUGAUGAUAUAAUCGAGAAUACCUCAAACAUUCAAAUUCAGUCCUCUACGAAUUCAGGAGCCCGAGUUUCAACUUUGUCGAGAUUGAAAUAUAGAUUUAGUGGAUUAUGGUUAUAUGCAGUUCAGAGGUGGCCCUCAAUGGUACCUAUAGCCCGUGAGUUUUUCACGUUGAUUCUCCGGACAAACCUCAUGUUCUUCUAUUUCGAAGGACUAUACUAUCAUUUAUCAAAAAGAGCUGCUGGCGUUCGUUACGUGUUUAUUGGCAAACCAAACAAUCAACGACCUAGAUAUCAAAUACUGGGGGUUUUCCUCCUAGUUCAGCUGUGUAUACUUGCUGCAGAAGGAUUGAGGAGAAGCAAUUUAUCUUCUUUGGCUACUUCUUUUCAACAAACAUCUCUCGGAACUUAUCAAACUUCAGGAGGAAGAGGUUUGCCUGUUCUAAAUGAGGAAGGUAGUCUGGCAGCUGACGACUCCGGAAAGAGUACUUGGGUUCCCGAAGCCACAUCUACUUCAGAGUCUCAAGUGAGCAAAUGCACGCUUUGCCUAAGCAAUCGGCAACACCCAACAGCCACCCCUUGUGGUCAUGUAUUUUGCUGGAAUUGUAUUAUGGAAUGGUGUAAUGAAAAGCCAGAAUGCCCUUUAUGCCGUUCACCCGCGACUCAUUCAAGUCUUGUUUGUCUUUACCAUUCUGAUUUUUAACUCGCCCAAACUCAGAAACUGCAAUAAGGUAUUCUCUUCAAUUGUUUUACCAUGUUUCUCUUUUUAUCAUCAAAGAAAAGCAAUCCUCGUAUAGUCGGUCGUACUACGGCAAUUAGAGUCUUGUUUUUGUCUAGUAAUCAUAUAUUAAUGAAAUCUUCUCCUUAGUGAUCGAGCGACGAAACCUAAUGCCAGCGUAUUGUCUCGUCUCGUGUAUGAUAAUUGCAAUGCCAACAUAUAUAUUACUGUCACCAUGUAAAAACAUUGGGUUUUGCUAUGUAAUGGUUCCACUAUGUAAAGAGUGGAAUUAAUUCGUGGCCAAUUCUUUCUGGGUAAAUCACUUCUUUUUCACACAAAAAAAUAAAUAAAAUAAAAAGUAAAAAAAAAUCUUACUUUUCC